GGCAGAGCGACGCGGAGCCCCUCCGGCGCGGACCCCGACGCCGCCCGCGGGAGCCGCCGUCGCCCUCUCCCCAGGAGCUCGCGCCGCGUCGGGGCCCGCACUCGACCGCCGGGAGCGGCCGCCCCUGCAGGCCCUGUCUCUGCCGGGACCUUCUGAGGCCCCGCCAACCUGAAAGCACACACGCAGACGCCAUGCGGGGGGCCCUGACAUCACCGUCUCCGCUGCUGCCACCUGUGCUGCUGCUGCUGCUGGUGCUGGGGAGUGGGCUGCAGGUGGCCACCGGCGGCGGGGCCGGAGGGGGAGCGGGGUACGCCCCCGUGAAGUACGCGCAGCCCAUGCACAAAGGACCUGUGGGGCCUCCCUUCCGCGAGGGCAAGGGCCAGUACCUGGAAAUGCCUCUGCCGUUGCUGCCAAUGGAUCUGAAAGGAGAGCCUGGUCCCCCUGGAAAGCCUGGGCCUCGGGGGCCUCCUGGCCCUCCUGGCUACCCAGGUAAACCAGGCACUGGAAAGCCGGGGCUCCACGGGCAGCCAGGCCCCGCCGGCCCCCCGGGCUUCUCUCGGAUGGGCAAGGCUGGUCCCCCAGGGCUCCCAGGCAAGGUUGGACCACCAGGACAGCCAGGGCUUCAGGGCGAGCCAGGGAUACGAGGGGACCAGGGUCUCCGGGGACCCCCAGGACCCCCUGGCCUCCCUGGCCCCUCAGGCAUUGCUGUCCCUGGAAAACCAGGGCCCCAGGGGGUGCCAGGGCCCCCAGGAUUCCAGGGAGAACCAGGGCCCCACGGGGAGCCUGGGCCUCCGGGCGAUCGAGGUCUCAAGGGGGAUAAUGGGGUGGGUCAGCCAGGGCUGCCUGGGCCCCCAGGACUUGGGGGUGCUCCUGGACCCCCUGGCCUCCCUGGUCCAGCCGGCUUGGGCAAACCAGGUCUGGAUGGGCUUCCUGGGGUCCCUGGAGACAAGGGUGAGUCUGGGCCUCCCGGGGUACCAGGCCCCAUUGGGGAGCCUGGGGCUGUGGGCCCAAGAGGGCCUCGUGGGGUGGAUGGUUUAGGGGUUCCAGGGGCGGCAGGGGUGCCAGGGCCACAGGGCCCAGCAGGGGCCAAAGGAGAGCCAGGAGCCCGGGGCACCCCUGGCCUGAUAGGCCCUACUGGCUAUGGGGUGCCAGGACUACCAGGCCUCAAGGGGGACAGGGGUCCAGCUGGGGUUCCAGGACUCCUGGGGGACAGGGGAGAGCCAGGCGAGGAUGGGGAGCCUGGGGAGCAGGGCCCACAGGGCCUUGGGGGCCCUCCUGGACUACCUGGGUCUGCAGGGCUCCCUGGCAGACGUGGGCCCCCUGGACCUAAGGGGGAGGCAGGGCCUGGAGGACCCCCAGGAGUGCCUGGCAUUCGGGGUGACCAGGGGCCCAGUGGUCUGGCUGGGAAGCCUGGGAUCCCAGGAGAGAGGGGGCUUCCUGGGGCCCAUGGCCCCCCUGGACCAACUGGGCCCAAGGGUGAAUCAGGUUUCCCGGGUCGUCCUGGGGGACCAGGGGUGGCGGGAGCUUUGGGGCAGAAGGGUGACUUGGGGCUCCCUGGGCAGCCUGGCCUGAGGGGCCCCUCAGGAAUCCCAGGACUCCAGGGCCCAGCUGGGCCCAUUGGGCCCCAGGGUCUGCCAGGCCUGAAGGGUGAAAGAGGCCUGCCUGGGCCCCCUGGAGAAGGGAAGGUGGGGGAACCUGGAAUAGCUGGGCCCAUGGGACCUCCUGGGGUUCCUGGCUCUCCGGGACUCACAGGCCCUCCGGGGCCUCCCGGGCCUCCUGGGCCCCCUGGUGCCCCUGGGGCCUUCGACGAGACUGGAAUUGCAGGCCUGCACCUGCCCAAUGGUGGCGUGGAGGGCGCUGUGCUGGGCAAGGGGGGCAAGCCGCAGUUUGGGCUGGGUGAACUGUCGGCCCACGCCACGCCUGCCUUCACCGCCGUGCUCACGUCGCCCUUCCCAGCCUCGGGCAUGCCGGUUAAAUUUGACCGGACUCUCUACAACGGCCACAGCGGCUACAACCCAGCCACUGGCAUCUUCACCUGCCCUGUGGGCGGCGUCUACUACUUUGCUUAUCAUGUGCACGUCAAGGGCACCAACGUGUGGGUGGCCCUGUACAAGAACAACGUGCCGGCCACCUACACCUACGAUGAAUACAAGAAGGGCUACCUGGACCAGGCGUCCGGUGGGGCUGUGCUCCAGCUGCGGCCCAACGACCAGGUCUGGGUACAGAUGCCCUCGGACCAGGCCAACGGCCUCUACUCCACCGAGUACAUCCACUCCUCCUUUUCAGGGUUCCUGCUGUGCCCCACAUAACCGUGGGGUCCUGCUGCCCUGGCCUCCUUCUCUUUAAUGGUAGAGAGACUUUUGGUUACAAAGAACCUCCAUUUAAAGAAAAAAAAAAACAAAAC